AUGCCUUUUGGCGAGGAUGAGGAGCAGCAGCAGCAGCAAAUAAAGGAGGAGGAGGAAGAUGUGCUGCUGCAGCAGCAGCAGGGGGGGGGAGACGAGGGAAUACAGCGGAUGGAGAUAGCAGGUGUCUAUGGUCCUCCUCAACAGGGGCCCCUUGAUCUUAGCCAACCGCAACAGCAGCAGCAACAACAGCAGCAGCAACAGCAGCAGCAACAACAACAGCAGCAGCAGCAGGAGGGUACUGGGGGCCCCUAUAUGCAUGGAGGAGAAGGUGGGUUUGUACCACGUAGGAGGCCAACAUCGUUAUUCAGCCCUCGUUAUUCAUCGGUGGGUCCCUACCGUCGUGCAGCAGCAGCAGCAGCAGCUGCAGCAGCAGCAGCAGCAGCAGCAGCUAGAGCGUAUCAAUCGGGUCGUGGCCCGUCUACUGCAACAGCACGUGCUGCUGCUGCUGCAUCUGCAGCAGCAGCAGCAGCAUCAAGUCGUCCUGCUUUCCUAUUACGUAUGCUAAGGAAAGAUAAUGGAUUUCCUUCCCCUAUUAGUCCCUCCUCCUCCUCCUCCUCCUCUUCCUCUGCAGCAGCAGCAGGAGAGGAGGAAGAAGGAGAGACAUCAGCAGCAGCAGCACAAAGAGAUGCAAGAAGAAGAGAUGCAGCAGCAGCAAGACAAGCACAAGCAGCAAGAACAACAGCAGCAACAGCAGCAACAGAAGCAACAGCAGCAGCAGCAGCAGCAAGUCUUUCUUCCUCUAAUGGGGACGGAGACAGCAGCAGCAAAGUACACGAGGUAGAAUAUAUACCUGCAGAUACACCCGAGGAGGAGAGGAGAAGAAAAAGAAGAAGACAUAUAUAUGUUUCUUCCCCGCAGCAGCAGGGGGACGAGGAGCAGCAACAGCAGCAGCAGCAGCAACAGGAAGAGGAAGAGGAUACGCAUACAGCAGCAGGUACACCUGCAUCAGCGGGGGGCCCCCAUUACCCGGGGCCCCCUGAUAGCCCAUCAGGUAGUGCCUGGUGGCUGGUCCAUUGGUUAAGUAGUGGUCCUGGUUCCUCAGGGUCCUCCCUAAGUAGACUAACAAGGAACAGCAGCAGCAGCAGCAGCAGCAGCAGCAGCAGCAAGGAUGGAUGGAGGUAUAGGAGACCAGCAACAGCACCAGCAUCAGUUGCUGCUCCUGCUGCUGCUGCACCUCCUGCUGCACCUCCUGCUGCAGAAACAACAGCAACAGAAACAGCAGCAGCAACAGCAGGAGCAACAACAGCAGCAACAGCAGCAACAGAAACAGCAACAACAGCAGCAACAACAGCAGCAGAUACAGAAGUAACACCAUCAACUUCUACAGCAGCAGCAGGAACAGCAGCAGCAGGAGCAGCAGCAGCACCACCACCACCACCAUCAUCAUCACCACCUAUACCAUUGGAGUUAACUCCUACACGCAGCAAGGGGCCCCUUAGUCAUGAGGGGCCCCCCUUCCCUCAUGGGGGCCACCGUACCCGUAAGGGGUACCGUCCCACUAGGGCCCCCCCAACAAGUAUCCUUAAGACCCUCCUUGAGUUACCAAUUGAAUCGGAGGGAAGGGGCCCCCAAGGGAUGCAGCAGCAGCAGCAUCAGCAGCAGCAGCAGCAACAAGAUGGCUCCCAGCGCCAGGGACAAGAUGAAGGGCAGCAGCAGCAGCAGCAGCAGCAGCAGCAGCAGCAGCAGCAGCAGCAGCAGAGGCCCCACCUCCCCUCUACAGAGACGAAGAGCCUUUUGUCUGUACAGAGGCAGCUAUUCCCUAUGACAUCAAGACUGCAGCGGCUGAGGGAGCAGAGGCUGGAGGUGGAGAAGCUGGAGCAGCAGCAGCAGCAGCUGCGGCGGCAGCUGCUGCAGCAGCAGCAGCAGCAGCAGCAGCAGCAGCAGCAGCAGCAGCAGCAGCAGCAGCAGCAGCAGCAGCAGCAAAGAUUGCAUGGUGGUCCUAUAAGAGAGGGCCUCUUUAGGUGGACAAGCACCGACCAGCAUAGAGGGGAUAGAGGGGCGCCCAGGGGGCCCCAGACGGCCGACGCACCACAAGGGGCCCAGGGGGCCCAGGGGCCCCAGACGAGCCAGUCGGCCCAGGGGCCCCAGGGGCGGCCCCACGGGACGCACCAUCAGGGCCCUCUACAGCAGCAGGGUACCUCUGCCUUCACAAGGGUCCAGCCGCAGCAGCAGCAGCAGCAGCAGCAGCAGCAGCAGGGUCUAUCCUUCCCUGCUACUGCAGCCCCACAAGCGACCGUGCACCACAUGGGCCCACAGCAGCGGCAGCAGCUGCUGCAACAGCAGCAGCAGCUCGCGCAUCAGCAGCAGCUGCUGCAGCAGCAGCAGAUGAUGUUGCAGCAAGCCCACCGUCAAAUAGCAGCAUUAACUGAGACAGGGGCCCCCUUCUUCUUCCCCGGGGCCCCCGGUACUAGUCAAGGAUUAGGUCUUCCUUAUAUGGGGGCCCCUGGUGGUCCAUUAGGUGACCAAUGGUUAAAUAGGUACCAGCAACUGUACCCUGACGUUGAGGGCCCCCAGGACCCUAAUCGUGCUGCGCAGCAGCAAAUAAUGCAGCAGGGCCCCCAUACAUCAUCUAGUGCCCAAAGGGGCCCCCACCACCACGAAGGCUCACAGCAACAGCAACAAAGGGGGCCCCAACAAAUCCAGCAGCAGCAACAGCAGCAGCAGCAGCUACAGCUGCUGCUGCAGCAACUGCAGAGGGGGGGCCCCUUCUUCCCUCCCCAGCUAGACCCGUAUUAUUUGCUGCAGCUGUACCAUAUGCUGUCUGCGUACCAUGGGGGCCCCCAUGCGGGCCUCCAAGUAGUACCGGGUCCAGUACAGCUGCCGGCCCCAGAUCGCCAUAGGGGCCUCCAGGUUGUACCCGUUGGGGCCCCCUAUGGGGCCCCUAUGAGUCCGCAUCACCCGGGUGUGCAAGUGGUACCUGAGCAGCAUCUGCUGCAGCUGCAUCUGCAGCAUCUGCAAUUUCUGCAGCAGCAGCAGAUGCAGCAGCAGCAGCUGCAGCAGGCGCAGCAGAAUAUGCAGCACGCGAGCGUAAGACAACAACUGCAGGACCAGAUACUGCAGCAGCAGCGCAUGCGGCGACUGCAGCAGCAGCAGCAGGAGCAGCAGUUGCAAGUGCAGCAGCGGCUUGCGCGUGAGCAGCAGCUGCAGGAAUGGGAGCGGCGGCGUCAGCAGCAGCAGCAGCAGCAGCAGCGUCAGCGCCAGCAACAUGAGGAGGAGGAGCGUCGUCGUCUACAGCAGCAGCGGCAGCAGCAGCAGCGGCAGCAGCAGCAGCUGCUGCGGCGGCACCUUGACGAGGACGACGACGACACGGAGGGUGAGUUGUACGAUGACGAGUACGAGGAGGAGGGGGCCCUCCAGAGGGUACCAGAGGGGGAGGGGCCCCCUCCUAAUUAUAAUUUAUUUAGUAGAAAUAAUAAUAAUAAUAAUAAUAAUGAUGAUGGUACAGGAGAUAGGUGGAUUAUACCUGAUGUAGGGGGGGGGCCCCCCCCAGGGGGGGCCCCUAGGCCCCCCUCUAGGGGGCCCCAGUAG